AUGGGAUCCGCGGUCAUGGGGCUAGCGGACAUUCCCCCUUCCGCCCUAUGCGCCCUCUGCGCCCUUUCCGCCCUCUGCGCACUUAGCGCCUCCCCGCAUAUCGAUGAGGUCGUCACCGGGCCUGCCAUGCUGCCGAGCCUGCCAUGCUGCCGAGCCUCCCGUUGUGCGGUCGCCCGUCCUCGUCCUCCGUGCCUGAUGGUGGGGCCGUGGUGUCAUGACGUGACGUCAUCAUCAUCACAUGUACAGCUGCCGUCUGCAGCGCCAAGAAAGCAUGAACUGCCACGCUUCACGUGUGUUGAUCUCUGCAGUGUGGGUAGCAGUACCCACGCGUGA